GCAUGCGCAGUGCCGGCCAGAGGCUUGUCACGGUGCUAGCAGGACAGGAUGGAGGCGGUGGUCGAGAUGCUCCACACCUGGUGACAGAUCGCCUCACCCACUGUUCGAGGAAGGAGCUUCUACCUGAACGUGCCAGUGACUGAGGCGCUGUGUGUUCACCGCCGGACGGUUUCUGGCUCGAGAUGGGAAAAGGCUGUAAGGUCGUGGUGUGUGGCCACGCAGCAGUUGGCAAAACUGCCAUCUUGGAGCAGCUGCUGUACGGAAAUCACGCUGUAGGCUCCGAGUCCAGUGAGACGCAGGAGGACGUGUACGUGGCCUCGGUGGAAACUGACCGCGGCGUGAAGGAGCAGCUGAGGCUCUACGACACCAAGGGCCUGCACGACGGACAGGACCUCCCCAAGCACUAUUACUCUGUGGCAGACGGCUUCGUGCUCGUCUACAGUGUCGACAGCGUGGAGUCUUUCAAGAGGGUGGAUAUUCUGAAGAAGGAAAUAGACAAAUCCAGAGAUAAAAAAGAGGUGACGGUCGUAGUGCUGGGCAACAAGACGGACCUGCGGGAGCGCCGGCAGGUGGACCAGGAGGCGGCGCAGCAGUGGGCGCGAGGCGAGAAGGUGAAGCUGUGGGAGGUGAGCGUCACCGAGCGCAACUCGCUCAUCGAGCCCUUCACCCAGCUGACCAGCCGCCUCACGCAGCCUCAGAGCAAAUCCUCCUUCCCUCUGCCUGGGCGCAAGAGCAAGGGCACGCCAUCCAACGACAUGUGACGCGACGCGCCCCCCCCCCCCAACACACACACACUCCUCUCUGCUCCCGUUAGCGACAGGCUGCAUUCACAUCACAUGGGGACAACUGGCAGGACAACGGGGAUAGCCUUUAGCUUAGCAACAUGACUUUUAUUACUGCUGUGUCCAUUCAACCACUUCACACACAGUCAUUUACUCAUAGACGACGUUCACAUGAUGAAGGAGCAGUUUAUCGUUUGGUAAUUCACUUAUUGAGAGUCAGAGGAGAAGAUAGUUCCUGUGUGUACACAGAGCUGGAGUGUGAAUGUGUGAUCCUAGAACAAAGAGAGGGCAGAGGACUGGAUGCUGUAAAAAAAAAAAAAAACAGAAAAGAAAUGUCCCCUAAAGCUUCUAAAGCUGACCAAUGUACACUAGUUAAUUAACAAUGCACAUGUUAUCCAACACUUCUGUACAGCACGUCCGGCCGCAGGGCUACCAGCGCCGGUCGCCGAGCACAGGUUUUGGUGUUGUUGCACAAGCUCGAUGGUAACCAGGCAACAUCACAGUGGUGACAAGAAAUUUAAGGACAGUAAAAUAUAUACAUUAAUGUGGGCUCAGGUGGUAACUACAUCUGCCUGUACAGAAAAUAAAACCUGUGCUCACUAACCACAUCUGGCAGCAGCUGGGGUCACUGAACCGAAGUGUUGGGCACAGACGGCAAACGUGCAGUGGCCACUUCACUGGGUACAACGUGCGCAGGUUAAAAUGAACAACCCAUAACUUCUACCCUCACAGAGUUUAUAACAUCCACUUCUUACUUACAACUGUUUUAACACCAUCACCGAAAUAUAUGAUUGAAUUUACACCUACAGUAGUGUCAACAAUUUAAAUGCUUUAGACAUGAAUGAAGGUAGAUUUUUAUGGCUGAGCAGUUGUUAGACUAAUGGAAAUAAAAACCAGGCGAGCAGCUUUUCUCCACUCGAUGCUAAGCUAAGGCCAAACAAGUCCCGUCCCCUGCUCCAUGCUUCACUUACAGACACGAGGGUUCUCAUUAUCGCCUCUCGCUCCGGGAGAGAAGUUAAACGCUGAACAUCCCAACAUGAGCACGUUUGUGGCCGUUCGUCUUUUCCAGCAGACGACAAACCAAAACCACAAAUAAAAUAUCUCUAACCCAGGCUUAUCAAUACAGUGAUCUCAUCACUUUAGCCGAUCCUAAAGAGAAAAAAACCCCAAACGUUAGCAUUUUAGUACCAAAGAUUUGAGAUGACCCAAACACAGAUGUUUACGUUUGACACCUUUCAGUUGUGCUGGUGGAACAAUGUGCCACGUCCACUGCUCUUUUCACUGGACACGGGUAGUUCAAGUCCACAGGUCUAUCUUAUGUUAAUACAAUGUACAUUUGAGGAGUUGGUACCCCCCCCCCCCCCUCAUGGCGGAUGAGGAGAUCCCAAUCCAAGGCUUCUAUAUAGACAAGAGCUGGAGGAGAGGGAACAAAAUACAGUUCACUCACAAUUUAUUUAUGCACUGAACAAACGACUCUUCAGGACCACAACAGACAUGUUUAAUGACUACAGCCACCUUGAACUCUAUGAACAUAGAAUCGAUGUAAGAAGUCGGAUUCUCUCGUAAGCACUGACGCCAUGAAAACCGCUUCCUUCAGUAGUUCGUAGACUUCAAGGGGCAGUAAGCGAUUUUGGAGAAAGCUUUGAUGUUGUUGAUUUGUAUUCUAUUUUUUUUACUUCACUGGUCGGGGCUCGAACCAGCAGCCUCGAGGUCGGGAGACGGACGCGCUAACCCACAAGGCCAAACCCCUGAGUUUGCCUGGGACAGCGUCUGUCUCUAGCACGUCUGAUAAGGUGUCGGGGAGGGAUGUUUACAAACUGCACAGUGUUGUGUGGUCCACACCAUUUUUGUUGGUUUUCAAUUUACAGAGCCAGGACUGAGAACACCGUACCGACAGCUAGAGGACCACGAGGAAAUAUUCAUUGAAUUUACAAAAACUGUAUUGGAUUAAAGUCGCUUAUUGCCCCUUUAACAGUAUGUGUCAAAUAGUUUUGUACCUGAAACGUUAAUUCCCAACUGAUGUGAACGCAGCAUUAAUCCGGCUUCGUGCAGUCUGUGUCAAACACUAAAUAUGGCUCCUCAGCAAUAAUGUUCACGGUACGACCUUUACUUUCAUGUCUGACGUUAGCUGCUCUCCUGUGUCGUCCAGCCUUUAUAAUCCAAUAGAUACUAGUUAAUGCUCUGUGUGUGUGUGUGUGUGUGUGUGUAAGAGAGAGAAUGUGUGUAAGCCUUUUUAAGAGUAGAAAUCAAUGUUGAGGAAAUAUUUAUUUUUUAACUAAUUUAUUCUUGUCACUUUAAUGAGCGUCAUUCCUUGAUGAGGUGGUGAGAUGAUGUGAUGGAUGAGCUGCGCUGUUUUCUGUCCUCGAUGUCCCGGAGUAAAAACCUCUCAUGUGCUGCUAGUGGAACAGACUCUCUGCGGUCUCGCUAACCCCAAAACUCUUCUGUGCUCUAAUCUGUCUUAAAAUAAAAACCUCUUCAUACUUAA